AUGACUAUUAGAUUUGUGCCCCAACCCGCGCCGGAGGUAGAGCCUGAAGAGAGCUAUUCUCCCAACGUGUUAGAGCACGAAGAGAGCUAUUCUCCCGACACGGUAGAGCACGAAGAGAGAUAUACCCCCGACUUGGUAGAGCAUGAAGAGAUAUAUCCCCCGGACGUGCUCCUUAUCAGCAAGGAUGGUGGAUCUCAGGAGGUGCACAGCUCCCUCCUUGCCGAGUACUCUAAAUAUCUCGGGCGAUGUUUCGAAUUCCGUGACGAUGGCCCCUGGCGUGUCAAAACCAACUUCAGCCUACGCAGCAUCAAGUGCCUGGUCGAAUUCCUCUACACGGGACAGGCUCAACUCCCAAGAUACCAGCCCCCGGAACCCUUCUUUCCUUACGGCCGUCACUACGGCUCAUUAUACGAUCAAGACCAGCGAAGGGAAGAGCACACAUUCAAUAUAUUUAACAUACUCGUCGAAGUGCACAACCUCGCGCUCUGCUACCACGUUGAGCGACUCCGGGUGGCGGCGGAAACGCGGAUCACCAGAGUCCUGGCAGACUGUACGGGCAAGAUGGACUUGUUUCGCGGGGCGGCUUGCAUUUUGGAAAACGGGAUAGACGAGACGAUCAAGGUUCACGCAACGAGCCAUGUGAUCAAUAUGCUGCGUUUGUACUCUUCCAACAAACGUUUCCCCCACUUUAUGUGGACCCGGGCGUGGUGCACCGCGCUUAAGAGGAUGCCGCGGGACGCCGCGCAGGAAUAUUAUAACUUGCUUGCGGGCUAUAUCCGUCUCAAUGAUAGUGAGCACGCGCAGGAGGCGAUGGAAAGCUUGCCAAUGCAUUACAAUUGGGUGAUGUCUUUCAGGAGUCAUCAAAGUGUGUGA